AUGAUUACAUUGGACGUUUUCGUAAAUGAUGAGACAUUCCUGGAACUCUCUUUCUCCAUGUCCUACCUUCGCAGUGCUGAACGUCUAACUGUUACUGUUGGACUGCUGAAGGCUGCCAAAAAAAAUAUCAAAGCUUCCACUUUUAAUAAUUUCGAUUUUAAAAAUUUGUUAGAUGUCUACGUGAAGGCAGUGAUAUUUGAGAACGAGAAAAAGAUGAAAAAGCGUAAGACGAGCACAUUGGCUGUCUCGUCGUCAAACGCCAACUCAUGCAACAACAACACAAUCUCAGUCGACUGGCAGGAAAGUCUCUUUUUCGAUAUACCGAAGGAUAAAUUACAAUCCGGUCAAAUAUCUCUGGAAAUGACGCUGUACGGUAGCGAGCACUUUUUCAUUCCCGCAUAUUCCCUCCUGGGAAGUAUCAAAUUUGGACCGAAAGAUCCGCUAGAUCCCGAAAUUUACGCUUACAAAAAGUCAAUAUCAGCUGUUUAUGAGAAAGAAAAAUUUGAAGGAGAUAGUGAAGAGGAGAGAGAAGUUGAAUCAGCCUGGUGGGAAACCAUCCUAUCAGAGAAGUACCAAUCCUAUCUCGAAUUCUACCGCUUACAAUGA